UUAACACUCAGUCUAGCAGGACAAUGAACUCAUGGGAUUCCUUGACUGGAAGUUCAUUGUUUAUAAGCAGAACAAAAUAAUCUCAUUUUUCUCCGUGGCAAACAGAGGUGACAGUUGGCUAGAGGUACCAAGAUGGCUGCCGCCGUCAGAGUUUGACCCAGUGACACAUUUCCUGUCCCAGAGGAGACGAGAGUCUCUCCCAACACCAGGGGAGCAGAAGAGUGUGCAGCCUCGCCCCAGGUGCUCUCAAUCUAAUCAGGAUCUCCAUAAAGGACCUGAGGAGGGCUGCAGUCUCUCUCUGGCCGGAGGAUGUAGGACGAGGAGCAGCCAGGCACCACUAAUCUCCGGGCUAUGAAUUGUGUUUCCGCCGGUGUUGUUAUCCAGUAGCGGUGGAAUAAAACUUCUCUCUUUUUCCUACUCGCGCCACCGUCUCCAUCGUGCGUUUGUUGUGGCUGAGAGCCAAGCCAUGACAGCUGGGGGCUCGUCCAAACUGGGAAGAUAAGGUUGUGUGUUUGAGUUAGUUCGUUAUUUUGUACGGAGUUUCUCCUGAUAGGUGGUAGCGACGGUUCCCUUGGGGUCGUUGUGCGGGGUGUAAUGUUGUGGUGAAAGUGGCUGAAACUUCGGUUUGGGAGCAUGGCCGUGGUCGCAGUAUUUUUGCUAGCUUGCUAGUCGCUUUGCUCGGCCAGCGGUCUGUAGUGCAUAAGUACCCGCCGCAAGUAACCACAUGAAGACUAGGGAGGUGAUUAGUUAGCGGGUGUCAUAGUGAGUGGGGAAACUCCAAUCAGUUUUUUUUUUUUUUUUUUUUCUCUCAGUGUAAACUCCUGUGUUGCGUUGUAGUAUGGCGGAUAUAGACGCGUUUAUCAGGGCUCCGUCUCAGGAAGCCCUUGGAAAUUUCUCAAUGGAGCAGCUGCUCAUUAUUGCGGAACAUUUCUCGGUGGAAGUCAUGGGCGAUAAGAGGCUAAAAAGCACUAUAAAAGCCUCUAUUGAGUCGGCAUUAUGUGAAACGGGAGUGUUGCCGGCAGAGAAAGAGGGGGUGGUAAAACCUCUGUGGCAAGCUAGUUCACUGUCCUUUGAGCAGCAGAAGGAGAUAUUAUUGUUGCAGCUGAGUCAUGACAAAAGGAGGUAUGAGAUGGAGUUUGAAAAGGAGAUUGCAGUGGAGAGGAUGCGGCAGGAGACUGAGAAAGCCAAAAUUGAUAUGGAAGGACAGCGUCUUUCCAUGGGUGAGUGGCACAGUGUACAGGAGCCCAAGUCGCCCCCGCGGUUCGAUGCUAACAACUUGCGCUUGUUACCGCAAUUUAAUGAAAGUGAUCCUGACACUUUUUUUUUGCUUUUUGAACGGGUGGCUAAAGCUAGGGAAUGGCCGGAUGCAGACUGUGCCCUGAUGCUUCAGUGUGUACUCACAGGAAAAGCACAGUCCGCAUAUUCUGCGCUAUGUUCGGAGGAUAGCUCUAGCUAUGUAAAAAUAAAGUUGGCGGUGCUUAGAGCGUAUGAACUUGUUCCUGAGGCUUAUCGACAGCGGUUUAGGUCCUUGGAGAAAAAACAGGGGCAGACUUAUGUGGAAAUGGCGAGGGAUUUGUCAAUACAUUUUAAACGUUGGUUAGCUGCUCUGGACGUCACUUCUUUUGACAAAUUGGGUGAACUCAUGAUUUUGGAACAGUUCAAAAACAUCCUUCCUGACAACAUUGCAACCUAUAUAACAGAACACAGGGUAACUUCGGCAUCCGAGGCAGCAGGAGCAGCGGAUGAGUUUGUGUUACUGCAUAAGGGCAAGUUCGGAGGGCGUGCUGGAGAUCUGCCAGGGUUUGGGGGAAGUGGAAGGGCUGUUGAUGUUGGGUCAUUGGGGAUGGAUCCAAAGAAAGUGGCUUGGGAAAAAUCGGAGGAUACUUGUAACUAUUGUCGUGAGAAAGGCCAUUGGAAACCAGAUUGUCCGGUACUUAGAGCAAAAUCUAAGGGAGGAAGAUUGAUGGGUAAACCAGUUGCGUUCGCUGCUCCUGUGAGUAGCGGCUGUGUUGACAAGGCGCUUACGGACCACUUGUGUGGACCUGAGGUUCUGGCAUCCUAUGCUCCUUUUAUAAGAGAGGGGUUGGUGUCAUUGGUAGGUAGCCAGGUCAAAAUUCCAAUCAAAAUUUUGAGGGAUACAGGGCGUUUGACUCCUUUAUUAUUGACUCUGUUCUGCCUUUGUCGGAGAAAAGUGACACUGGUGACACGGUUCGGACUCGGGGGAUGGGAUUAA